AUGGCAAUUCAAUUCUUGAUCAUUUCACCUAACGAUUCUACAGAUCUAACUUGCAAGUACCAGAAUACCGUCGGAGAUUUCUUUACUUACUGCAUCAAUCCCAAUUACGAUGCCGUUCCAUUCUGGCCAGCACCCAACGAUGCCCCUGAUUCCUCUUCUUGCAACCUUGGAAAAAUUGGAAAGAAGCAGCAUUUGAUUACGCUCCAGAUGACAGAAUGCAGCAACAACAUGACCAACCUCAACCAAAUUACUGAUACCGACGCGCGAUCUAUCUACGACACCUGCCCCAACACGAAGCCUUCUCUACUUGGGGUGGACGCGUGGAACGAGGCAGUCCUUUCACCUAACAAUUGGGCAGAAUGUGGACCAUAUCUCGAGUCAUAUGAUUGUGCGGGCGACUUGGGAUACGGUCGUACUGACGCCGGUGCAAUCAGCAAAUUCUAUCAGCCAAGCAGCAUGCCAUCUAAUGGCACUGAGACCUUGUCCAACAAGGACGGGGUGGUUUCCGCCCCGGUCAGUGGUGAUAUUUUCACGUGGACAUUUGGCCAAUCUAUGAAUGCAGUGUUACACGCUGUUACUGUGACUUCGGACACAGCUGCCACCGGAAAGGCCACUGGGGGCGGCAGUUCGGCAACAAGCACUGCUACUGCUACUGCUACUGCUACUGGUGCGGCUGCGGAGAGCACACAGCCUGGAACCGAGUCCUCCUUGGCUAUUCCCCUCUGGACUAUCACUGGCAGUGUUGGUGCCCUGGCCAGGUUGACUUUUUAA